AGCAUGGCAUCUAUCAGUUCCUCGUUAAGUUGCUUCUUUAUGGAUCGAUGCCUGUGAUUGCGCGUUUCGGUUUGUCGGUGGGGAUUUGGAUUUUUGUUCUUUUGAUUGGUGGAUGAGAUUGUGGUUGGGAGGAAGGAGACUCAGAUGCUCACCAAUGAGGCUGGUGAAGUCACCAGUCAUCUGCAAGGGAUGUUUUAACGGACGAUUAGGCUGUUGGAGGCGGGGAUAAAGCCAGUGUAAACUUUUUUCUUUACCUCCUUUGUUUUCAUUGGGAUGGAAUACUGGAAGAAUGAUGCUCAUCCUUCAUUCCUUCUUUGAAUUAUGCUUUACUUUUGUUACGAUAGCUAUGUAUUUGACGGUAAACCUCCUGAUUUGAAGAAGCAAGAGCUUGCAAAACGUUUUUCGAAGAGGGCAGAUGCCUCUGAGGAGUUGGCAGUAGCCAUUGCGGUAUAUGCAUCUCUCUCUCUCUCUCUCUCUCUCUUGCGCACGCGUGCACGCACUUGCGCAUUUAAUCACCCAGAAACACAGAGUACAAAAAUGCUUAGUGAGCUCUGUAUUUAUUACCUGCAGUCUCAGAAUAAGGAAGACAUUGAGAAAUUCAAUAAAAGAACUGCGAAGGUGACUCAACAGCACAAUGAAGACUGCAAAAGACUAUUAAGGCUUAUUGGUGUCCCAGUAGUUGAGGCUACUUCAGAAGCAGAGGCACAAUGUGCUGCACUUUGCAAAGCUAGAAAGGUUUAUGCCAUUGCUUCUGAAGACAUGGAUUCCCUUACUUUUGGAGCUCCUAUAUUUCUUGGCCAUUUAAUGGAUCCCAGCUCAAGAAAAGUUCCAGUCAUGGAAUUUGAAAUUUCCAAGAUGAAUCUGGAUAUGGAUCAAUCCAUUGACCUGUGCAUUCUCUCUGGAUGUGAUUAUUGUGAAAGCAUUCAAGGUAUUGGAGGGCUGACUGCUCUUAAGCUUAUCCAUCAACAUGGUUCCAUAGAAAACAUACUAGAGAAAAUAAACAAGCAGAGGUAUCAGAUACCAGAUAAUUGGCCCUACAGCGAAGCUCAACUGCUUUUCAAAGAACCAAUAAUUUCUAUGGAAGAACAACCUGAGAUAAAAUGGACUGCUCCAAAUGAGGAGGGCUUAAUUUCUAAUCUCGUGAAUGAGAAUGGGUUCAACAUUGAUCAUCAGUAAUAUGUUGGUCAGUUGCCUACCCGAGGAAUUUGCUCUUUUCCUCUGAAGGAGAGACCAUACAUGUUUUCGAUGUUGUUUUACCAUGUGUAUCAGGCAAUAGAGAAGAUUAAGGCAGCUAAGGAUGAGUCAUCACAAGGCUGAUUUGAAUCCUUCUUUAAGCCAGCUCAGAAUCUGUCUGUACCUGUUAAGAGGAAGGGAAGCAAAUGCACACUUCUAUCCCCCAAUCUGGAAAUCAAGCCUAAGACAUUCUCUACACAAGUCUCUGUAAAUCCCCAGCCCAGGUUCCGUGCAGCUUUAAAAUGCCAACCAUGGUCCUGGGUUUGAGGAACUUUAAACAACCAUUGAGAAUUGUCUGCCUCCCAACAUGGAUCUAAAUGAUAAUGAAUGUAAGAACCCUAUUCACUGAGCAAGUCCUGACUUGUAGAUGCUGUUUUUGCCAGUAGUUGGAAGCAAGUUGAUGCUUUCCUUUCCUUAAAAAUGGGUCAUGUCUUAUGGUACUGCAAUUUUGGGAGAGAGUUGUAUAAAUUUUAAUUGGAACGAUGAAGUUUGCCCUCUAUGCUAGAUCGAGAGGGGUACUUCUUUUUGGGCUGACUGCAUAUUAGUGUUCCUUUUACAGUGCGUGUGUAUCUGCUAUCCUAAGGAUUCCAUUUCUUCCUUGGAUUGUACAUUUAACAGUACGUAUAUAUCACUUAUACUAAUUGUAUGUUAUUGUCAUCCAUGCACCAGGAAACCCCUAAGAAUAUUGCCUCCAGGGCCGGUGGUGGUAAGAAGAAAAAUAGUUUAGUCGGCAUGUAACAGAUCAUGGAACACCAAAACCAUCGACUUCUAAAACACAAUGAGGAUGUAACAGACAUACUUUUCAAAUCUAUUUCUUUUCCUACUUAUGCACUUCAAAUUUAUUAAAAGUAAUUUUUUUCAUGUGUAUCUUUGUGAAUAUUUAGUUUUUUAUUUACUAACUUUUCCAUUUCUAUUAUUCUAGCUUGCUAGAUAUAUAUGCUCUACAAAAUCCACCUUUUGAUUCCUUGAUAUGAAUCAAUAGAAGAAAUUUGUUUAUUUGAAAAUAUUUUCUUGUUUUAUAUUUCAGAGACAUUUUAAAUUAGAUAUCCGUGUAACCUUAAAGUCGGACUUUUUAGAGUUAUUUGUACAUAUUUACGUGCUAGUUUAAUAUAACUAAACCUGAAUACUAUCGUUUAGUAGCAAAAUAUAAUUAGGUCAUUCAUUGUACUUUUAUGUAAAGAAUAUAUAAAUGGAUAACCAAUGUUAUUUAUAAAUGUAUCUCAAGAUAUAUUCUCUUUAUUUUUUUCUUAAUUUUAAUUUUAUAAUAGUAAAAAUAAUAAUUAUAAUAGAUGACGGACCGUGUAGGUUUUACCUUGACAGUAAAGGAAAUUUCCAAGGAUUUUUAUUAGGUCAACAAACAAUGUGAAACCUUACCAAUGAUAUGAUUUCAAUUUACUUAUAUACAUCAUACAAAUACAAACAAAAUAAAUCCCUAACUAAUGAUAAGAUUCUAGUUUACUUAUAUACCAUACAUACAAAUAAUAUAACAUAACCAAUCAAUGGUAGGAUUUGAGUUUCUUAUAGAUGUUGCGCAUACUAAUAAAACAAAUUAACUAAUUAAUGAUAGGAUUGCACUUUACUUACAUACAUUACAAGUUAAUAGCAUGUAUGAACCUAUACGAAUUAGUUGGUAUGUAGGUUCACAUAUCAUUCUUUCAAACCCCAUAAGCUCCUAAACUCCUCCAUAUGCAUAUCCAUUUUAAGCUUGUUUCAUCUUUCCAACCUCUAAUUUUCGCAUCCUAAUUUUGCCAUUCUCUCUCCCCUAAUGGUUGUUCCAUAUGUUUUUAUGGUAUGACUUCAGGUUUGGGUGCUCUUCCCAUCGCCUUCCUCUUGAGAUGGAAGUCGAUGAGCUCUGCAUUGGUUGGGUCGACUAGAAAGCUGCGGAGAAGAGCUUCUAAUUUCUUUGCGAAACCCAAAUGUUCUCAUGCCGUAAUCCCAUGAAGAGUUUCUUCAGAGACCACAAUCAACAACCUGCAUAGCAUCAUGCAAACAACUCAGCCGCGCCAAGACCAGCUCUGUGUCAUUCAAACAUUUUAACCUCUCGAACACCAACCAAGCAACAACAGAGUAAACCAUAACAAAGAUUUUUUAAUUGUUGUCUCUGAAGAAACUUGUCAUGGGAUAACAACACAAGACAACAGUCGUAUUUCACGUUGACAUUAAAAGAUAUUCGUCACCGGUUUCUUGCUAUGUUUUCAUGCACGCGGACAGUUCAUGCAAGGAAGGAAUGAAUACAAGUUAUGUCUGUAUGAGACUGACAUUGCAAGCUUCCA